GUAUUUCCCCUUCACAAUUUUCACAGACUGAGUCAUAGACUGCGGCGGAGGUCUCUGAGAGCGAUAGAGGGAGAAGGUGUGUGUGCUCGUGCUAGAGAGGGAGGGUAAACUUAGCGGAAGUGUAAAAGCUUGACUCACAGGCCUACGAUAUAUUACUACCACCUCUGAUCACUGAACUGUUUUUGGUGUUUGAAAAAAAAAAAAGGAAAGAAAGAACCCACACAUACAUACACACACUUUCAAAGAAUAGAAAAUACAAGAUUGAUAAAAAAAAAAAAAAAUUAAAAAUUGAAAAUUCGAUCUUCGAUCUUCAAGAACCAAUAUAUAUAUAAACGCAUGAAAAGAUAUCGCACAAUUCACGGUUCACACCUCUGCACUGGACAUUGAACAACGCAUUAAUGAAAGAAAUCGAAAACAAUAGACUUCGUAGAAAGACAGUUCGAAAAGCAAUACUUUUCUUUUUUAACAAUUAUUUGAAAAAUCCAUCCUAAACAAAACAGAUAUAUAUAUUUUUUUCCCAUUCCCGGUUUGUUUCAAAGUAAAAUUACUUGAAAUCGUUUCGUUAACGAUUGAAAUAUUAAGUUGAAAGAUAAUACAAUGUACAAUUCGAGAGAAAAGGAAGCCGGUAGUAGUAGCAAUACACCUAGCGUGUCUACUAGCGUUACAACGACCAACAUUACCAAUUAUACCAACAGUCAUCACCAGGAUUCUAAAUACGUGGCUGACAUCCUGUCAUCUAUGGCAAACGGAGACCCUGUUUCCCAGAAUCAAUAUUCUCUACCUGGAUUUGUUUGCGGAGUUACAACGGCAACGACACCGACGUUAACACCAACAACUUUAGUCAACUUGGAACAAGCCUUCAUCGAACUUCAAUCGGUUCCAGUAAGUUCAGCAAACCAAGAUCCACUCACACAAAGUGGAUUUGUACCACCCAUAGUAGAGCCUGUUGGAGUUAGUUCAAAUGACCACAUUUCAUCUAACUCCGCGGGCACCGCAAAUUCUGGUGCGUCCAUGGAUCGUUACCAAUACGACUCUGAUGAUCCCGAAUGGGAGCCUAAAAGACCACGUUCAUCCACUGGUAGCAGUGCAUCUUCCAAGGGAUCCCCUACAUACAGUUCUUCCUCAAGACAAGAUAAAAAAGAUGACCUUGGGCAAUCCUACUUUAACAGUAGAUUAUGUCCAGAAGAAGAAGAACGUCGACGAAUUCGUAGAGAAAGGAACAAGAUAGCUGCAGCAAAAUGUCGUCAAAGAAGAGUUGACCACACCAAUCGCCUUAUUCAGGAAACUGUAAAGCUCGAAGAGGAACGCAGCCAUCUUGAAGAUGAAAUUCAAACUUUAAAACAGCAGAAAGAUCGUCUGGAAUUUAUUCUCCAAGCCCAUCGGCCUGAUUGCAAAGCUGAUGCAAAAUUAAACCAGUCUUCUAACCUGCAUUCUAUCAAGAUCAAGACAGAGAUUGAUUCUCAUCAAAAUUCCUGUUCUCAUAAAAACGAUGCACGAUUACGUAUGACGGAGCCAAAUCAGACAAUUCCAUUGACUGUCGUUAAACAAGAAAAGGGUGUCCAUCUGGGAAAUAAUGGACAAGGAGGUUCUGGUGCUAACCCAGAUGGAAGUCUCAACAUCAGCAAUGUGCAUGGCAAUGCAUAUUAUGGUUUCACAGAUUUGGAAAAUAUUGUUGAUGCAAAUCAAGCUCUACCUCCUGUAAGUGGGCAGUCAUGUGCUAGUCAAGUUCACAAGAAUUCGGCCGAAAGUAGUUCAGAUCAAGUUGGUUCUCCAACGCUCAUAUCACUGUAAAGUGGAGCUAAGAAUUUGAGUAACUCUUUCUCCAUUCUAAAUAAAUAUAUAUAUAUAUAUAUAUAUACAUACAUGCAUACAUACAAACAUACAUACAUAUAUAGAUACAUAUAUGUAUAUAUAUAUGUGUGUGUGUGUGUGCAUAUAUAUAUAUGUGUAUAUAUAUAAUAUAUAUAUAUAUAUAUAUAUAUAUAUACACGUAUAUAUACAUAUAUGUAUGGAUCAUAUGUUACAAACUGAGUUAAACAGUUUGCAUAUUUAAAAAAAAAAAGCAUAAUUUACAUCAUUCCAUGAAUUCUACAAUGUAAAAUAUUCCUGUUUACUUUUUGAAUAAUUAUGCUUUUUCUUAGCAUAAUUGCUUCCUUAUUGCACUAAUGUUUUAUUGGUGUUGGGUUGUUUUAUAAGCCAACCGUAAUGAGGAAUGAAAUUGUCCUUAUUUUAGUUGCAUUCAAUGAGGAAUUUUUUUACAUCUCAAGUGCCAGUUAUUUAUUUUUUUAAUGAAAUGAAAGGCUAACAUGCUUUUAAAUGUUCUAAUUUUAAUCAAAUGCUGUGAAGUUUUUUUAUCUGCUCUUUUGAAACAUUAAUCUUUGGAGUAAAUUUUUAUUGGUGGGUUCUAACUUUUUCUUACCCACAAAUUCCUUUUUGUAAACUUUUUUACACUAAAAUAAAAAAAAAACAUACCUUUUCAUCUCUUCCACCAAUUUUUGUAUUCAUAGAAAGAGUUACUACAAUUCUGUUCACACAUAAGCAUUCUGCCUUUUUUAAUUUGCUAUGAAAGAUUUACGCUUAUUGUAUCUGGAGCUUUUUUUCCAGCAAUAGGAGAAAAGAUAUUGGUGAGCUUAAUCUACCAUCCAGACAAUGUUUGUCAAAAAAAUAAGAUGAAAAAAAAACAACUACGAUUAAAAAAGAAAAUAACUCUUCAUAUCUUUUUUAAUAUAUAUUUUCUUUUAAUUCAGGUUUUAAGAAAAUCAAAUAAGUAAUUUAUCCUUUCUGUCCAUCCAAAAUUCUUCUCUGAGAGUUUUGAGCUAGAAACAUUGCCUUAUGCCAAAAUUAUUCUUCUAAUGUAAAAUCCAGUCCUUUAUUUAUACGUCAGGGCACAUGAGUGUGUGAUGGAUAUUCUGUUUUGUCUUUGUUUAUUAUAAAAUGCAAUAUUAUGCCACCAUGUGUAUGCCAACUCACUGUUAAUUCUGUUUACUUUCAACGCUAAAGUAAAUAAUAGAUCAAUCUUUCCGAAUGUUGAAUGCAAUAGUUUAUAUUUUGUUCCUUUCGCGCAUGUGUGUGUGUGUGCAUGAAUGUAAGGGUGUGUGUGUGUGUAUGUUCUAAAUGCAUUAUGCACUUCUUUUCUAUGUAUUUGUACAUGUGUGUGUGUAAGAGAGAGAGUGCGUUUACAAGUGUCUUUAUAUAUUGCUUCAAUGUGUUCCUCUCUAUCGCAUUACAUAUAUUUGUCACUAUAUUUGUGUCCAGUAAACCGUAAAAAUCACACUUAAAAGAUUUAUUUUUUUCUCUUGAUAUUUUCUUAAUAUAUAUAUUUCCUUUUUUUAGUAUCAAAAUUUUUCUAAUCAGCAAAAGGGAAUUUUAGAAAUUAUUUUUCCUACAAACUCAUUUAUACAAUGACGAUAUAAUAAUAAACUCAACAGAAUUUUUUGUCCUCAAUAUUUUUGCAAUUUUUGAAGACAUUUUCUUCCCCCCCUGCCGCUUAAACAAUUCAUUGAAAUCAAUUUUUAAAAGCUGUACUUUUCGUUCUUCGAAUCAUUUAAAUCAUGUAAUAUUUCUUACCAAAGGAUAUUUUGCUUAUUAAUUUACUUUGAUCAUUAUUAUUAAUUAUCAUUAUUAUUAUUAUUCCAUUAAAAAAAGAUAAAUAAAAAGACCACUAAAAUCCCGAAAGGAAGUUUUGAUGCAAAAUGCGCUAACAGAAAGAAAAAAAAAUUCGAAAAAAAAAAUGAAAACAAAUACAUAUAUCAUAAUAUUUAUAAGUAAAAUUGAUUUCAAAAUUAUAUUUUAAAUAUUUAAACAUAAGAACUCUGUGCUGGUAACAGAGUGAGAUAUAUAUGUGUGUGUAUAUAUCUAUAUAUUUAUAAAGAUGUAUAUGUAUAUAUACAUAUGUAUAUAUAUGUAUAUACAUAUAUAUAUUUAUGCAUAUAUAUAUAUAUUAUUAGAUAACGAAUCAUAUGGUAUACACCUGGUAGAUUACCGGUAAAGCACGUUCACUUUCACAGUGUUCGUUAGGUAUUUGAUUAAUGAGAGAGAUGGAAGAUGCAUUAUUGAUCACUACAAUUGUUUCAAUCCAUCUAGUAUCGAUCCCUCAUGGGUGGGAUACUGGACAUUUGGUUUAGGUGUAUCUGUCAAUGUAGAUGUGUCCCCUCAAGUGAUUAUAAGAUGUAUCUCAUUAAAAUAAUGUCUGUUCCACAAGAUUUCUUCUUGGAAUGUGUAUGCAAAAGCAGCAACUUAGGGAUACAGCUUCAUUAUUAUAGAAGAUCAAUAACAGAAAUCAGUUUCAAAAAAAAAAACAAGUACACAAUACAGCAAAAGAAGUGUUAAAUAUCACUUAGUAGAUAUGGAUGUAGAAAUGACCACACAAGUCAAUGCCUAAAAGUGGCUUGUGGUAUAACUCCACUUGAUGAGGUGUCACAGAUUCUGUGGUAGGGUUGACUAGGUCUGGUCGAUAUACUUAUAGAGUCAUGAAUAGGUACAUAAAUACAGACAUAGUAGAUGUGUAUUUUUUAUAUAAGCAGCUAAUAAAAUAACUGAUAGCCUAUUGAAAGUAUUAAUGCUAGGGUUAGGAUCACCAGUGUAGAUAAGUAUAGGUUUUUUUGCAUUUUCAUCUCACGGUGAAUGAUUCUUGUUGAAGUUGGUAUUUAUCUCGCAUUAAUCGGUAUACAAUGGCCAAAGGGUAUCACAAUGAUAUUAGUUACUAGUGUAGCAUUAUGUUUAUAAGAAUGGGGAGGUUGCAGUUAAUUCAUCCAUACAUUUAGGUAAAUUAUGAUUAUUAAUUUGGUUAACAAUUAUCAAAUUCAUUCCCACUGCAUUGUGUGAAAGUGCAUUUAUAAGCUUCAUGAAAAUUUCAGAAAUCCUAUGUAUGAGUUUUUCAUUGGUCCACAAAAUAAGACUGCAAUUCCUCGGAGCAGAGUCUGCAUCUCCUGGAAAGGACAUUGGUUGUGUACGUCUUAUUAUGGAUCAAGUGAGACCAUAUUUAAUCUUAUCCUCCUUAAGUUGCUACACAAAAUCAACCAAAGAUGUUGAAUGCCUCUUGUUGGUUUUAUUGAAGCUGGCAACAUGGUUGCGAUAACAAUUCAUGAAUGAAUCAGCCGUUGCCCCAGUGUAAAUGUACAGUCCUCCUCUUGUGUGUAUGGUGCAUUUAUAUGCAAGAUUGGUACUCAUACAGAGAUUUAUCGAUAGUCUAAAGAAUUAUUUCCUAUGCCUUUCCAGUUGUACUUCUGUCCAGGAAGAAUAGAGCAUCAUCUCUAUAUAGAUCUCCUGCAAUUUUCGGAAAGGAAGACUGGAUUAACAAAAGGAUGUAUAUAAUCCGACCAAUUCUGUGACUUGCGAUAUCAAAACCAUUCUCUCUAUCUGACUGGUUCCAUAAUUUACCAUCCCAUGAGGGAUUGAUGCUAGAUAGGUCAAAAUAAUUGUAGUGAUUAAUAAACAUUCUUGUAUUUUCUGUCUCUCUCAUUAAUCAAAUAUAUAUGUAUAUAUAUACAUAUACAUAUAUAUAUAUAUAUGUAUAUAUAUAUAAAAACACACACAUACAUAUAUGCAUAUACAUUUUUUUUUACAUAUUCCAUUGCAACAUGUGUAAUAUCUAUAUUUGUCAAGUGUAUUUAUUACACAUGUGGCAUCCAAUUGUUGAUACAAAAAAAACUUCCCUUUUUUUUUGUUUCUUUGUUUUUUUUUUCUGUUUUUUUUUUUAUUCCUUUUAUUUAUUACCUAUUUCUUGCCCCCCUGCCAUUACCUUUUUUUUUCUAUCAGAUUCAUCUUUUUCUAUAAAAUUUUGAAAUUUCAUUGCUGACAAUUUUAAUCAUGUAUCCAAAAAUAUCAUAAAUGUUGAGAUUAGAGAAGAAAAAAAAAAUAAAGGCUUCCUUCCUCUCUCUCUCUCUCUCUCUUUCCUUCUUUCUUUCUCUCCUUUCUCACUUUACCUUUUCUCUCUCUAUCUCUCUCUUUCUCUCUGACUCACUUUGACUUUUCCCUUCUUUUUUUUUUUAACUUAUAAUCUUAAUUUAAAUGGACACAACGCAGUAAUUGACAUUUUGUGAUACAGUAAUGGUUACAUGCAAUGCUUGAAAUAAAAUUUGUUAGCAUCACACAACUGA